CCGCAGCUCAUCCUCGAGGGCGGAGAGAGGUGGCAUUUGAGUCCUCCGGUAUCCCAGCAGGCAGUGCAGCCUAGAGACGCUGACAAAGGACCGGAGCAGCAGUGGCAGCUGCUUUCCGAGGAGCCGGUGUUGCCGAGAUUGCCAAAAUGCUUUGGAGUUUUUAACUAACUGACUUAAGAAAAGUCCCAACUAGAUUUGAGACUAUAAAAACCGAAGCUACAGCAAGGGCGAUUCAGUGCCAAUGCAUCAACAAAAAAGACAGCCAGAGUUAGUGGAAGGAAAUCUUCCUGUUUUUGUGUUUCCCACGGAGCUAAUAUUUUAUGCAGAUGACCAGUCAACACAUAAGCAGGUGUUGACUCUGUAUAAUCCCUAUGAGUUUGCCUUAAAGUUCAAAGUUUUGUGUACUACUCCAAAUAAGUAUGUUGUCGCUGAUUCUGCAGGUGCAGUAAAGCCUCAGUGUUGUGUGGAUAUUGUGAUCCGUCAUAGAGAUGUUCAAUCCUGUCACUAUGGUGUAAAGGACAAGUUCCGCCUCCAAGUUUCCGAGCAAAGCCAGAGGAAGGCUUUAGGAAGGAAAGAGGUGGUGGCUAUUCUUCUCCCAUCUGCAAAAGAACAAAAGGAAGAAGAGGAAAAAAGGAUAAAGGAACAUUUAACCGAAAGUUUAUUUUUUGAGCAGUCCUUUCAACCAGAAAACAGAGCAGUCUCCUCCGGCCCGAGCCUGCUGACCGUUUUCCUGGGAGCGGUGUGCAUCGGUGCCCUGAUGCUUCCCACGCUGGGUGAUGUGGAGUCACUGGUGCCUGUCUGCUUGCACUUGAGUGUGAAUCAAAAACUAGUGGCUGCUUAUAUCUUAGGUCUUAUCACAAUGGCUAUACUUAGAACAUGAGCAAGGAGUUCAGUUGACUUCUGAAGUAAACUUAUCUUGCAAAUAUGAAUGCGGACUGCCUUUUAUCUCUCUCUCACUCCAUUAACAUGCGACAAACUAUUGAGCGAUUUACAGUAAUUGCAAAACUAUAAUAUAUAUUUUAAAUUACUCUCUAAUUUUAUUGGAAGGACUCCAGCUCAUUAUGUCACAGACAGCAAAGAUGCUUUUGAGCGACCCCUAGGAAAUUAUUUGAAGAAACUCUUUUUAUAUCUAAAGCUAUUGUGCAAAAGACUUUAAUUAAAACAUCUGCUAUUUUGUCAUCUUUUUUUUUUUCCUAAUUCACUUUGAUUCCUAAGGUCAUACAUCCUUCAAAGUGAAAGGCCUGAAAGAGCAAACUGAGAGCAAACUGACCAGCCUGAACAUUAAAUGAAUUUAUUUCCUAACUACAAACAGCAAUGUUACUAUGUAAA